AUGGCGACCAAUAUUCUCCACUUUCGGCCCUCAAUCAUAGUAGCUCGCGCCUUCCCUGACUCCAACUCCGAUCAGGCUCGUCGCAAAACAGCUUCUGCGAAUUGGUGGACCCCGCUCUUUGACUUGUCAUCGGAGCCGGACUACAUUGACACCGGCGCUGGAACAGAACGCAAGGACAAAACUGAGUUCAGAUCUGAGUCAGUUUCCGAGUCAAAGAUUCUGAGAUCUAAGUUCGCUCCCGGCUGCUUCACGGAGGACAAAGCGAAGAGACUUCGGAUGCUUACAAAGGAAUCGGAGUCGUUUCAUGACGUUAUGUAUCACUCCGCCAUCGCCUCAAGGCUCGCCUCAGAUUUCAAUAAAGUUUCCGAUCCGUGAGUUCCAUUCCAAUCCAACCCCGGCGAAGCCAAGUUGACUAGCCUGGGAGUCUGAGUAGAAAAAUCAAAACAAGAAAGCCCAGAAAGUUCCUUUAUUAGUUCAUUUUGUAUAUUUUUUUUUUCUUUUCCACAAAAUAUUAGGGUUAAAAUGACAUAAUCAUAUAUUAGAGUGGUUUAAAGUGACGUAUAUGAUCGAGAAUGUAAAUAUUAUCAUUAAUGUUUGCUAUUGAUAUGAAUGUUUACCAAACCUUCACAAUGAAUUGAAUAGUUAGAUGAAA